AUGGCGGCAGCAUGUGAUCGAAAGAAAAGCUAUGCCGACAAGCAUAGGAAACCUUUGGAAUUCGCCAUGGGUGAUCGGGUUUUAUUGAAAGUCUCACCCUGGAAGGGUGUGGUACGCUUCGAGAAGCACGGCAAGCUAAAUCCAUGUUAUGUUGGCCCGUUAAAAAUUCUGGAAAGAAUCAGUAAGGUGGCUUACAGGCUUGAGUUGCCUGAUGAGCUCGGUAAUGUUCACAACGUUUUUCACAUCUCCGAUCUUAAGAAGUGUUUGUCCGAUGAAACACUUGUGGUACCUUUACAAGAACUGAAAAUAGAUGACAAGCUGCAGUUCAUCGAGGAACCCGUCGAAAUCAUGGACCGGAAAGUUAAGACAAAUGAUUGUGCAAUGAUUGUUUGA